GUUUUUAUAUCUUAAAUAUGAGAGAAAUAUCAAAGUUUUAUGCAAAGCUAACAUUUCUAUCAUUCUUUGAUUCACUGCGAUUUAGAUUAAACAUCAUAUUUGUCGAGGAAAAAAUUCCACAGGAAAAAGACUCCUUUAAACUUCACUUUUUUGUAAGAAGAUGGCUGGAACUCUGACUUUUCUUCUCAUUAGUUCUCUGCUGCAGGGUGCACUGUGUGAAACGUUCAACAUCAAUAUGCCACAGAAUAUAAAUGUUUUGAGAGGAUCCUGUGUGACCAUCCCCUGCUCCUUUGAUGUAGAGAGCAAGUUUGAAGAUAACUUAGAUGAUACAUGUAAAGCAUAUUGGAGUGAUUCACCUUCAUUUAACAGUGAAAAUGCAAAACUAAAGCCAACUAAAGAAAUGACAGGAGACUUAACAAAGAAAGACUGCACCACAACUUUCAAUAAUGCAAGUCUUCUUCAAAGAAGUAAAUAUUACUUCAGACUGGAGUGUAAUAAUGCACUGAAAUGCACUUUUACACAAGUUGGUGUAGAUAUUUCAUUCAUAGAUGUUCCUCCCUCUCUGACUCUGACUCCAUCCACAUUGGAGGUGGAGGAGGGAACCUCAGUGAGUCUGACGUGCUCUGCUCCAGCUCCAUGUUGGUCUCAUCCUCCAGCUCUGACAUGGAGCCCUAACCUGGGUCAGAGUCAGGAGACACUGCAGGAGAAUCAGGACAAAACUAAAGUCAAGACUUCUGUUAUGAGUUUCACUGCUUCUCACCUCCAUCAUGGAAAUAAAAUCUCCUGCACUGCUGUCUACCAGAAACAAGAUGGUAGCCCUGAUGUCACUGCUGAAACAAGUUUAACUCCUGAUAUUUCAAGUGGAACGUGGGGAAUCAAGAUGCCACAGAAUAUAAAUGUCGUGAGUGGAACCUGUGUGACCAUCCCCUGCUUCUUUGAUGUAGCCAGAAAUCACAAAAUUAACUUAGAUCAUACAUGUGAAGCAUAUUGGGUGCAGUUAUAAUCAUUUUUAUAUUGUUAUAUCUCUAUACACACAUUGCAGUUCUGUGCUUACAAAAGAGUUGAAGCUCCCCCAGGUAAUUAAAGGUCAAAAGCUUCGUUCGGCGCGAGGUCCGGACGAUCCAUUGGAUAAGAGGCUGGGAGCUGAAGAAAGAUCGCACACAUGCUUACAAAACACAUAUAUAUAUAUACCACAUAUAACCUAGAAACAGACCUGAGCAGAGGCCUGAAUGUAUUCAGCAAACAUGUUGCACUAGAGUUUACUUGACAAUAGGUGACAGAAGGAGAGGACCAGCCCAUGGGGACCUCAAAGGCCUGAGACCAUUGCUUUAUUUGGAAGAAGAUGCCAGAAAGAGGAACUCCUGUGUCUGCAUUUAUCUCUUAAAAUAUAUCACUGUCUGUAAAAGAGGCAAAUAAUGUUCUUAAGAUGCAAAUUAUGUGCUUGUAAACGCAUGAGGGGGCGUCAUAAUACCCUGAUAUUAUAAAAGCAAUCUGAAGUGUAUUUUGGGUGGAGAUCCAUACUGAUUAUCUCCCCGCGCGUGUGCUCAAAUAAAAUCAUU